AACUUCUCCCCUCAUAACAAGAAGCUCACCAAAAACACACACACACACUACUAUUAUAUACCAAUGCCACACACACACAGCCGAUGAUCAUGGCUGAGAACUACCACAACACAAACAUCUCCGGCGCCUCUUCCGGCUCCGGGGGCUCAUCGGCCCACGCUCGUGGGGGCCACGGCCACGAGCCCGGCUUUGAUUUUACCAACUUUGAUGCCUGGUUUGAUGGUUUUCCGGCGGAUUUCUCCUCAUUUUCUCAUCUACUGAAUUGCAUGCCCAACGAGCUCGAGGCUGAAUCCGGAGACGCGAGCUACACGAGUAGCUUCUCCGGGGAAACUACGAUCAACGGAGAGAGUGGGAGAGAGAGGGAGAGGAGAGGAAUCAAAGAGAAAGUUGCUUUCAAGACUAAAUCAGAAAUUGAGAUAUUGAAUGAUGGAUACAAGUGGAGAAAGUAUGGCAAGAAGAUGGUGAAAAACAGCCCUAAUCCAAGGAAUUACUAUAAAUGCUCGGUUGAAGGGUGCCCGGUGAAGAAGAGAGUGGAGAGAGACAAAGAAGAUCGACGAUACGUUGUGACAACCUACGAGGGAAUCCACAACCAUGAAGGUCCAACAAUCUAGCUAGGGUUAUAUCAAUAAAUUUAAAUUUGAUUUCAUGAAAUUAAUAUAUAUGUUGAAUUUAAGUUAGAUUUUUUUUUUUUUUACAGCUUGAUCACCUGCAGAAGUAGAUGUAAUGGCAGCUUAAAAUAGAUAUAAGCAGGAUAUUUUGCUUUUUUUAUUUAUGUUAUAGCAUUGUACUUGUACUAUUCCAAUAACUUAGCAUUUGAUGAAAUUGUAUUAAUUAAG